AUGACUGAAAAUUCAACCAAAAUAGGCUUCUACGGCUUUGACAAUCCUGCCUUAAUAUCAUCCAAUGGUAACCUUGACAACAAUAUACCCCAAGAAAAGAAAUCCAGUAUCAAUGAAAAUGAGGAGGAGGUUCAAGAACGAUCCCAAUGGGGCAGUGGGCUCGAAUUUCUUAUGUCUUGCGUUGCCAUGUCAGUUGGUUUGGGUAAUAUAUGGAGAUUUCCAUUCAUAGCUAACAGAAAUGGCGGAGGGGCCUUUCUUAUACCAUACAUUAUCGUUUUGACUGUAAUAGGAAGGCCGAUGUACUACAUGGAAAUGGCUCUAGGACAGUUUUCUAGCAGGGGAUGUGGAAAAAUGUACCAAACAUUAAGUCCUGUUUUCAGAGGUAUUGGAAUUGGCCAAGUCAUUGGUUCUACCUGUGUGGCCUCUUAUUAUUGUAGUCUUAUGGCAAUAACCUUUUUUUACCUUAUUAAUUCAUUUACUAACAAUUUUCCAUGGACAACUUGCCAGGAUUCUUGGAGUAACUAUUUAAAUUCAAGAAAUAUAACCUGUGUGGAUAUAAACAAUCCUUCUAGUGUUGGGAAUAUCACUAUAAGUUCUUCAGAAAUGUAUUUUAGGAGAGAGGUUCUAAAAGAAAGUGACGAUAUCAGCGACGGUAUCGGACUACCCGACUGGCGAUUGACCCUUCUUCUUUUACUGUCAUGGUUUAUAACUUUCUUGGUAUCAGCGAGAGGGAUAAGAAGUUCAGGCAAAGCUUCAUAUUUCUUAGCUAUAUUUCCGUACGUGAUCAUGAUAACUUUAUUAAUUAGGGCAUCAACUUUGGAAGGGGCUGCUGAAGGGAUGAUGUAUUUCAUUGAAACUGACUGGUCCAGACUUUUAGAUGCUGAUGUAUGGUACGCCGCAGUUACACAAUGCUUUUUUUCACUUAACGUUGGUUUUGGAAAUAUCAUAACACUUUCCUCUUUUAAUAAAUUCGACCACAAUAUAAGCAGAGACGCGUUGAUUGUAACCACUUUGGACACAUUUACAUCACUCUUAUCUGGAAUAACGAUUUUCGGAAUACUUGGAAACUUAGCUCAUGAAAUGGGCAUUAGUCCAAGUGAAGUUCUUUCAGCCGGUGGUGGCACUGGUUUGGCAUUUAUUUCUUAUCCAGAUGCUCUUUCUAAGUUUACAUUUGCACCGUGGUUAUUUGCUAUAGCAUUUUUCUUUAUGCUAUUCGUUCUUGGAGUAGGAAGUCUAGCAGCUCUUCAUGGAAACGUGAACACUCUGAUCAAGGAUUCAUUCCCUACUCUUCCCGACUGGAUUAUAGCUGCCAUCACAGCAACUGGCUUAUUUUUGAUUGGUUUGAUUUACAUUACACCAGGUGGACUAUAUAUAUUGGACUUGGUAGAUCAUUUUGGUGGAACUUUUGUAAUAUUUGUAUGUGUCAUUUUGGAAGUUUUGGCUGUUUGCGGUCUCUAUGGUGUUGACAAUUUAUGUGCAGAUUUGGAAUUUAUGACGAAAAAAAAAGUUAGCAUUUACUGGAGAGUCUGCUGGAGUAUAAUUGUGCCAGUAUUAUUGAUUGUAAUAUUCAUCUAUUUUCUCGCUACGCUGAAGCCCAUGACUUACGGAAUAUAUGACUUAUAUUAUCCAGUUGGACUAAAUGUAUUUGGUUGGGGAAUAUUAGCAGGAACAGUGGUUCAAAUAAUAGGAUGGUUAAUUUAUUAUCUUUAUGCCAACCGGAAAUAUCCCUGUAGCAAGAUAAUACCAAAGACCUUUUCGAUGGAAACUUGGGGACCUGAUGGUCAAGUCAGAACAGAAGAGUGGAAAAAAUUCAAAGAGAAGAGAUUAAACGCAACAAAAGCCAGAGGUGGUUCGUGGAUAACGAAAAAAUUAAACGUGCUAUUAGGAAGGUGA